CUCUGGUCCUGUUUCUCGCUGCCUCCUGCUCCAUCUCUGCAGUCACUGUGUGUGAGUGGAGGGGGAAAGCAAAGAGUGAGCUGGUGUCUUUACAUGCAUUUACAUGAGCAUCGUUUCAGGAAAACCUCUGCUGCCACAACUCAAGUCAUCCACGGAGGAAGAGGCAUGAGGUAGACCAAGGGAUGGGAAGAGAAACAGGCUUCUACUGUGGGAAGUACCUCAACAGCAUUUAAAAGGUGCAGGGAUUGAUGUCCACUGAGUACCUCAGCUGUGGGAGCCACACCAGGUUUUCAUCCUUUGAGACCAAAAGCAGCAGACAGUUGCAUCAGGAAAAACUCAGAUUCAGGAUGGGUUGUGACUGACAGAAGACAUGAAGACUUUCUAAAUGGACAGGAAUUAUAAAAUCUGAACCUCCUGACGAUCACAGCAUCAUCCUCGGGACUACAAGGCAGCUUUUGACCUCAUUUUCAAGCCGCUGUUUUCUGGCCGUACUUCCUGGCUUUGAAGGAUGGGUGAUGGGCCUGUGACUGCUCCUGCCUGCCUGCUUCAUCCCACCCUUCAAUGGAGCCAACGUGGAACUCCUCCCACCCACCUCCACAGCUCAUGUCCAACAUGUCUGCCUCCUAUCUGCCUGAGGGCUGGGCUCUGUCCCAGUCGCUAGCCCUGCUGGCUAUGCUACUCAUGGAUCUGCUGGCUGUGGUGGGUAAUGUGGCUGUCAUGACGGUCAUUGCUAAGGCCCCACAGCUCCACAAGUUUGCCUUUGUCUUCCACCUGUGCAUGGUGGACCUUCUCGCAGCCCUGGUGCUGAUGCCCCUUGGCAUGCUCUCAAGCCGAGCCUUCUUCGGGGAGGCCCUGUGCCGGAGCUACCUCUUUCUCAGUGUGUGCCUGGUGAGUGCUGCCAUCCUCUCUAUCUCCGUCAUCAAUGUGGAGCGUUAUUACUACAUCAUACACCCAAUGCGCUAUGAAGUAAAAAUGACUGUUGGCCUAGUAGCUUCAGUACUUGUUGGGAUCUGGGUCAAAGCCCUGGCCAUGUCUGCCUUGCCGCUGCUUGCUUGGUUCCUGCAAGGUGGAAGAACUCCUCUUCUGGAGAGUAGUGGGGUGGGGGGAGGAGGGGCAGUCACAUCUCCACCUGCUCAGGGUCACCGGCGCUGCUCACUACAUUGGACAGGGGGAGGGUCAAACCGCUUGGCCUUCAUGGCCCUGUUUACUCUGGUGUAUUUCCUGUGUCCAGUAUUGGUCAUUCUUGUUGUGUACUGCAAUAUGUUCAAAGUGGCUCGGGUUGCAGCAAUGCACCAUGGGCCUCUGCCCACCUGGAUGAACACGCCUCGUCGCCAGCGGUCAGAAUCACUCAGCAGCCGUUCCACGAUGGUUACCAGCUCUGGGACAGGGACUGGGACAGGCAGAGCCACUCCGCAACGCCCCUUUGGGGGUGGAAAGGCUGCAGCAGUGUUGGCAGCAGUAGGUGGGCAAUUCCUUUGUUGCUGGCUGCCAUACUUUACUUUCCACCUGUAUUCAGCACUGGCUGCCAGCCCUCCAGCCACACUCGCCUCUCUGGAGGAGGUGGUCACUUGGAUUGGCUACUUCUGCUUCACGUCCAAUCCCUUCUUUUAUGGCUGUCUCAACAGACAGAUCCGGGAUGAGUUGGGCAAGCAUCUGCCUUGUCUGUUUCGUCGAGCAGGGGUUGAGAUGGAAGACAGACUGCCCAGCCGUGAAGGAUCCAUUGAGGAGAAUUUCCUUCAGUUUCUUCAGGGCACCGGCUGCAACUUAGAUCCUCAAAACUCUCACAGCACCUCCAGCCCUAAAGGGGAGGCCUGCUGCCCCGUGGCUCAGUCCCAACCACCGGAACCGGCACAGACCAUACCGAUAGAUUUCCGGAUCCCUGGACAAAUUGCAGAGGAGACUUCAGAAUUUAUUGAGACGGAACAUGCUAAAAACAACCAUAUUUAUAUAGACAAUUAAGUUUUAAGUCUGAAAAGAAGACUAAUUUUGAUCAUUCAUAUAAACAGUUUCAGGAGUUAUUUCAGUGAAAAGACGUUCUCUACUUCUAUUGAAAGCUGUCCCAUAGAUAGCUCAGUUGAUGAUCUCCAUGACUUAAAUUGUAUCUUUGAAUCAUUGCACUUUGCCUCAUUAGAUUCCUUCCUUAAACAGUAGUUGUUUAAGAUGCCUUCCUGUUGUUUAUGAACAGGGAUAUUACUGCUAGAUUUUAAAAAUGGCAAAAAUGGCCUUCCACACAACCGGUCAGUUCUGUACAGUAAAUUACUUUAAUGAAUACAAUUAGUGUAACUUGUUAAGCCUUUUUUAAAGAUAAAAUAUAACAUUAAAUAUAUGUUUGAUUAUGUUUAGGUAACUAAAUUGUCAGAGUUAAAUGUUUUUUAGAAUAUCCCUUUUGAUUUCAAAUCAGGGAACACUUGCUGAAAUACACAGAGUUGAAAUAGUGCCACACACCAAGUGAUACUGUAUUUUUACUGUAACUGCCAAAUCAAUCAGUUUUGAGACUCUGGAAAAGUUAAUUGUUUUUGAAUAAGUAUUGUCAAAGAAGACCGCAAUAAAAUAUACGGAGUUAUGAGUAUUUAGGGGAUCCAUUGAGGGAAAAGCACUGCUGUCACUUUUGAUUGAUGGCUGUGCUUUCAUCAAUGACAAUGCCACUCUUAACUCGUAUGCCAAUCUGAUUAUAAUCAAUUAGGAGGCAUACAUAGUGUAGCCUAACUCUCAUGAAAUUGCUAUAAGUUUUUUACAAAUAAUCACCUGAAAUGUAGUUUUCCUUUCUUUGGUGCUUGUCCAAAGACAUGUUUUUUUUAUUUCCAAAAAAGCAGAUCUUUGUCGACUCAGUUUAGGUUGCAGGUUGACUUUAUAACUCAUCCUAAGGGUCACCCAGCUUUCUGCCAUAUGAUGUAUUAAUCAAUGUAUUUGGAUAUAGAUCAGUAUUCUCUUGAUCCACUGCAUUACGUUUAAAUAUGAUUGUAUUUCUCACAUUUGUUAAAUGUGCAAAAUUUUAUGUUAUGUUUAGUAAAACUGUAAGUUUGGGGUUGUGUUUCACUCAGCAUGCCCAUUUUUUUAUUUAGAUUAGUGGGUGUAAGUAUUUGUAAUGAAUUUCAUUACAAGGAGGCUGAUAUUUUUUUUACAUGUAUGUAGUGACUGUAACUGCCUUGUUUGUUUUUCAGUUGUUGAAAUUUUUAUCCAGACAGAGAAUACAUUUAGAUUUAGUUUGACCCUGUUCAUCAGGGUUUUUACAGUACCUCACAUGCGGGAGAAAAACAUUAUUUUACAGUCCUGCUCAGUUCCAUGUCAAGUAUGACUCUUGCACACUAUUCUAAUGUUGCAAGGAGAAAGCAGAUGUGAUUUGCUCCUUUAUUAGAAAUGAAGGUGCAGACGCUGCCUUGUUUUUGAUGAUGAGAUGAAGUGGUAUUUUAUAA